AUGGACAAAGAAGAUGUAGAGGAAGGCCAUACUUCGGCCAAGCAACAUGUCUCGCACCUCGAAGACCAAGUCCCCAAAGCCUCUGGGGAGAUCGGCGCCUCGAAACUUGACACUCAUGGCCUCCCGCUGAGGCCUCAACCAUCAGACGAUCCUAAGGAUCCUCUCAACUGGCCUUCCAAACUCAAGCUCUGGGUGCUCUUCCAAGUCUCCUUCCUCGCCUUCCUCGGGCCGUUCACGCAGGCAGUGAUAAAUAGCGCCUUCGUCCCUGUCUCCAAAUCGUUCCACAUCUCCGUGACUACAGCUUCAUACUGCACAAACAUCGCCAUUCUCGGCGCCGGCGUCGCGCCCCUCUUCCUCGCGCCAAUAGCCAACAUCUACGGCCGCCGCCCCGUCUUCCUCGUUGUCACUGCCGUCGGCGUAGCCAGCCAUGCGGCAUCGGCUGCGGCGCAGACCUGGUCCGGCGUCCUGGUAGCUCGGUUCUUUGUCGGGGUUGGAACAUCAGCCGGGAUGGGAAUCGGCGCAGCUUGUGUGGCUGACAUGUUUUUCAUGCACGAGCGUGGGAGGUUCAUGGGGGUUUACACCGUCUUCAUCACGAACGGCGCACAUGUCGCUGGCAUGAUCGGCGGGCCGAUCGCCAAGUAUCUCGGCUGGAGGUGGUGCUUCUGGAUCCCUGCCAUAAUCCUUGGGUCAGCCUGGGUUCUGUUGCUCUUUGCCCUCCCGGAGACUUUAUAUCAUCGAAACACUUCCACCGGCGAGUCUCUGCAGAGCCCUGUCAGAUGGCUGGACCUCUUCAUAUUCAGGACUCACAAUGGCGCAGCCAGGAAAAAGCUGAAGCUCUGGGACUUCGCGCAUGUCUUCUUCAUGUUGCGAUAUCCGAGUGUGCUAUUGCCAGCACUAUACUACGCCAUCCACUUCGGGCUGGGCAGUGUACUGUUUGCGGUGACCGGUGCAGCGGCAUUCGGGAGCAUCUACCAUUUUGACACUGUCGGCAUCGGCUUGGCCAUCGGCCUAUCGACCUUCAUUGGCACCCUAAUCGGCGAGAUAUCAGCAGGCCCUGUAUCAGACCGACUUGUCUACCUGCACGCGAAGUCCCACAAUGGCGAUAUUAAUCCCGAAAGCCGGCUGUACGCGACAAUUCCUGGAGCCAUACUCAUUCCUAUCGGCGUUAUAAUCGAGGGUGUAUGUUUCCAGUUCAAGACGCACUAUAUGGGUCCUGUCAUGGGCAUUGCGACUGCGGCAGUCGGCCUGCAGAUAGUUACGACGAAUAUUUACGCGUACAUCACGGAUUGUUACAAACCGCAAUCAGCUGAGAUUUCCACCCUGCUCAACUUCGGCCGUCAAGUCUUCUCGUUCACUCUGGGGUUCUAUAUGAUACCAUUCGCGGAGAAGACGACCUUUGGCACUGCGUGGGCUGUCGUGGCCAUGUGCGGCCUGUCAUUGUACUCAGGGGUGGUGGUCCUCAUGUUCAGGGGGCGUAGGUGGCGUGAACACUUAGGAGAGCCGUCAUUUCACCGUGAACUCUAG